GCAGCAACAGCUUGAGCUAGCCAGGUAUUCAAGUCUCGUUUCCAUUCAGGUGUGUUAUGUGGUCUUGGAUUGAGUAACGAAAUUUUUUAAUUCUUGUGCGCUUCUAGUCGUGCCUUUUUGCAGCAUCUUUCUGCAGCAUCUCCCCUGUUGGGCAACAGCAAAAAAAAAAGAUCCGAUCCUCCUGUUCUCUCGAUCAACCAUGAAAUAAGUUUGCAAAGCGAGAGUCCAUAUAAAACAGCAUAGAAAAAAAAGUCAAAUGAGCGAGAGAGAACGUGGUUUGUGCUGUUAAGUUGUUUUUUUUUGUGUGUGACCAACUGAGAACUGUCUGGAGUAGAAGAACAAGAUCACAAAAGGAGAGGAUCGAGUGAGUCAGUUUGAGGACAGACAUCGGACCAAAAGGCUGCUGCAUCAUUCAACUGAAAUAAAUUUAUUUAUUUAAAUAAAAAAAGAGCCUCAAGCUAAAAUUCACAUUUGGCGGGAAUUUAAUGAGUGUGUGAAGAAGAGUUUUUGAGAAGAAAAAAGUGAGAAAAUCUGUGAAAAUUCGUGAAAAAUUGAAAAUUUGAAGCAGAAAAAAAAGAAUUAAUAAAAAAAAGUGAUCUUGUCCCGAGAUCAGCGGUGGUCCAGCAUCAUCAUCAGUGUUAGUUUAUACUCCCCGAUCAAUUGAUCGCGUGCUCGUGAAUGUGGUUUUGAGUGUAUCGGUCAGUGUUGGGUGGCAGUGAGGCAAAGAGGCGCACACGGUGAAGCUCCCCCGAGAGAGACAAACCCAAAACCACACAAUGUCAGCAGAUAGUCAGCGCAGUGCAGUGGAUUCUGCGGAGGCACGAAAGAAGCCACGCGUGUGCCUUGUGGUUAAGCGCGAAGAUUUCGAUGGGUACGGAUUCAAUUUGCACGCCGAGAAGGGAAAGCCCGGCCAGUACAUUGGCAAGGUGGAUGAGAAUUCUCCAGCUGAAAUGGCUGGUCUCCGUCAGGGCGAUAGAAUUAUCGAAGUGAAUGACGUUAACAUUGGCACCGAAACCCACAAGCAGGUGGUCCAGCGCAUCAAAGCCAAUCCCAAUGAGGUGAAACUCCUUGUGGUGGAUCCAGAGGUGAUUGAGGUGACCAAGGAUAAUCAGAUUGUCACGAAUAGUGAGUCAAAUAGCAAAGAGAAGGAGGUGCAUGAUGAUGACGAACGACCCAAGGACGUGGAAAGUCCCAAAGUGAUGGGAAGUCCCAAAAAGGUUGAAAGCCCAAAAGUUGAGAGUCCCCGGGAGCAGAGUAGGAAGAACAGUGAAAAGGAGGAAGUUGAUGGGCAUACUAAUCACGCAGCAGCAGAGAGUCCCGUGUCAGCCCCCAAGAGCCCCAUUGUGACCAAUAGUAGUCCUGAACCGCGAAAAUCCACCACAAAUGGUACAACACCCAAAGCUGACACUAAUUCUGUGAGCAGUGGCGGAUCGACCGGAAGUGCGCGCGAUGGAGGUCUCAAUUUGCAGAUGACUGCCGCUGAACUGAGAGCCAAAUUGGCUGCACGGAAGAAGUACGAUCCCAAGAGUGAGUCGGUAGAUAUUAAAAAGAAAUUCGACAUCAUUCAGAAACUCUAAGAGAGUUUUUAAAGAAAAAGGCUUCUCACUCCCAUAGCUUUCCCUUUUUUUUCCUUAUAAGAUCACCGAAGAUCACUCUUGAGCGGAUUUUCACGGAGUUUUUCCUCUUCUUCUUUCAUUUCUUUUUUUGUGUAAAUAUCUGUGACUUUGUUGUGAGACGUUUUAGUGAGAUAGUUAAAGAAACUAAAAAUCCUUACCGUAUUUCGCAGUCUUAAAAUUUGCACGAAAUUUUAUGCAAAAAUAAUUAUUCCUUAACUGCAAAAUCACACAGAGAUCACCCUUAAAAAAAAUUCUGAGGAAAAUUACUAAAUAUUUCUUUUUUUUUGUAAAUAAAAAAACUUAGACGUGAGGAAAUGAGCUCGAUGGAAGAGCAAGAAAAAAUUAUACAUAAGGGAAGUGUAGGAAGUUUUUUUGUGUGUGAAACGGAUGAAAAUGAUUUUAAAAUUUAAAAAAAAAGUAAAUAAAAAUAGAUUGUGCCAUUUGACGAAAUGUAAUUGCAAAUGAAGAAGGAAAAAUGAAAGAUAAAAAGGCAAUUAAAUGUAAUGUGUUUGAUUAAGUAAAAAAAAAAGAAAAUAGAGAAAGAAUUUGAGGAAAAAAAGGUGCGGUAAAUCAUGUGCAAAAGCAUCAAUAAAUACCCUUAAUUAAUUUGACGAAAAAUAAAAUUAUCUUUAUGAAAUUAUCAA